AUGUCCAUAAAUUUGAACGGAAAAACAAUAUUGAUUGCAAAUGUUGCUUCUGUGUGUAUUCUUGUGUACGUGCUAAAAAGGUAUAAUCCAGAUCAGACUAAUAAAAUAUUACACAAAAUCAAUGAAGUAACAAAAUUGUUACUUAAGGUACCUCAGUUAAUUAUCCAAAAAUGUAGGGGGAAAAAAAUAAUAAAAUUACCAAUAAUAGACAAAAACAUAACCAUAAAUUUAAGUGACGAGGAGUUGGAUGAAAAGUUCACUAAAUUAUGUAAUGCAGUUAAGAUGUAUAAAAAUCAACUGAAUUUUGAACAGUGGCUGUAUUUAUAUGGAUUAUACAAACAGAUAACCUCUGGAAAUAUCAUGUUAGAUACAAAUAAUUCUGGCAAGUACCUCAAUACAGAAUUGAAUGAAGCAAAACAGACAAUAAUAUCGAACAAAACAGAAAACCAUCAGUAUUUAAUGGAUGAAAAAAUGAACGCAUGGAAAAACUGCUAUGGGGUUAGUAAAAAAGUGUGUAAAUUUCUGUAUGUAGAAUUUGUCGAGAAAUUAUUUCCCCAUGCUUUAGAAAAUGAGAUUACAAAUUCCUCAUUUGAAUUUACCAAGACUAUGAGUAAGAUGAAACCACUUACGGAUAUUUUUACUGGAGGUGGAAUGAUAGAUAACUCAACACACAACAAUGGUCAGAGGCAUGAUGAGGGGAAUCCGUAUGACGAGAGUAGCCUUAACAAUCUUAUUGAUCUCUUGUGCAGAAAUGUCGUACAGGAAAAUCUAGAAUACAUAAAAGGUGCACUAAAAAAGAAUCCACAUUUAAUAAACAAAAGAAAUUCAGAUGGGCUAUGUGCCUUGCAUUAUGCAUGUGAUAGGGGAUACUUAGACAUUGUCAAGCUGUUAGUAGAUCUCGGGGCAGACCUUAAUGCAGAUGAUUCAUGUGGAGAUACUGCACUGCAUAUUGCCGCUUAUUCGGGGAAAACGGAUAUUAUUAAUUAUUUAAAAAACGCAGGUGCAGAUAUAAAUAAGAAAAAUUCAGACGGGUUGACAUUCAGCUCUAUACUUAGUCAGGAAAUGGCGUUAUAUUAA